CAGUGUUGGGGGCGAAGAGCAAAUGUUUGGAUGGUGUUCAUCGUCAGGGUCCCGGUGUCUGCAGUCUGCAACUACCCCCAAAUUUCCAGUCACCAACCCAACCAUCUGCCCAUUAUUCUUUGUCCCGCCUGGUAUCAAAAUGCGCCUGAGUCUACGGGGGCCGUUCAUCAGCCCCUGUCAUACUGGCAGCAGUUUUUAUCAAGGCCCUAGGGCAAGGGACGGACAGUCGAAUACG